UAGCUCAGUCUUAAGCGGCGUGCCUUCAAAACCUGUCGGUCUGCAUUCCAACGAUGUGUUGGACGCCAAGACGCCAAGAACCAUCGUCGCGAAAUACAAGUGAGUAGUGUGUCGCUCGGCAACGCCGCGUUGACCGUAAGCCACGGAAUUCGAGUAUAAAAAAAAAGUUGAAUCAAAAAAGUUUAAGAAAGAGGUAGAACCAAGAAAAUGGAGUAAGUUUAUAAUACAUUUGGGAAAUUAUUUGUGACUUUUUGUGGGAAAUUAAAACUUUAUAGAUAAAUAAACAAGGGUAACAUUGACAAGAUUAUCAUAAAAGGAAUGUAUCAAGAUGAGACAGAUAACAUUCAAAGUUAUCGGAAUUAUUACAAUAUUUCGGCUGUCCUUGAUUUACAAUGUAUCAGCUUAUCGACAAGAAUUUGGAAUGUCAUUUACUCGGCAUCCUCAGCCUUUAGCUGCUCCUCUCGGUGACGAGGUAGACUUUGAAUGCAGUUUAAACUUAGAAGCUGAUAAAUUUGCUUGGCGUCAUCGUCCGCUAAAUUCCGAACACUGGGGUCCUCUUAUAAAUCUUCCUAAUAGCGGAGGCAAAACUUCAAAAUUCGUUGUUACCUUUGACGAUGAAUCUAAAGCAGGUGAUUACAGAUGUAUCGCAUUUUACGGUACAAGUGGUCUUGCAUCUGAACCAGGCAGACUAAGUCUUGCGAAAAUUGAUAAAUUUACUGACAAAAGUGAUGUAGAAAUACGUGUCCCAGUUGGAAAUACUGUUCCAAUAACAUGUCCAGUACCUUACUCAUCACCAGAAGCAAUUGUUCAAUUUUAUAAAAAUGAUAUAUUACUAAAAAAUGUAAAUCUUACCGGUGAUAAAACGAUUAUUAUUGAAAAUGCUCAAGUUUCAGAUUCUGGAAAUUAUCAUUGUACUGCUGAUAAUUAUAUUGUAACUCAAACUUAUAGAAGCAAUUUUCAAACAAAAUUACAAGUUUAUAUCGAGAAAAAUAAUAUUUCUCCUUUUUGGACUAAACAACCACAAACAGAAUAUAAAGCAUUAAAAAACAGUAAUAUAAGUUUAGAAUGUUUUGGUGCGGGUUAUCCAAUUCCUAAACUAUCAUGGUCAAGGUUCGCAGGAUCUUUACCUCUAUAUUCACAAUAUAAGAGUUCAGGAUUAAGUAUUAAUAAUGUACAACCGUCAGACAGAGGAGAAUAUCAAUGUGUUUGGUCAAAUGACAAUGAUAAGAUAAAAACUUCUAUAAUUUUAAAAGUUGUUGAACCACCUAGAGUUAUUAAAGGACCAAGAGCAUCGACAUUUUCUGAAGAUGGUUAUCUUGAACUAUUUUGCAAUGUGACUGGUGUACCUGAGCCAACAAUUGAGUGGUUAAUAAACGGUGAAACACUUGAACCAAGUUCUAGUGUGGAAAUUAGAGGUUCAAAACUAACUAUAGAUCCAGUGGAGAAAAAACAUGCGGGAAUCGUUCAAUGCGUUGCUAGCAAUGAGUACGGAUCUCAUUCAGGAUAUAAUCUUUCAAAAGUAAAUCCUAAACAGCGUAUGCGUGGUGGUAAUAUGAAUUCCCAUCAGGGAUCACACGGUAUAUCUGGAAAUGUUCAUAAACAUACUAAAGGUGGCGGAAGAAGAAAAAACAAAGAAAGUAAUCGUAAAGGAAUUGAACUUGUUCCGCCAAAUCCACCAGAAGUUACUCGUCUUUCUGAUGUUUCUGUAAUGGUUCGGUGGUCUGUACCCGAAAAAACUGGUCUUCCUAUUCAGUUUUUCAAAGUUCAGUAUCGAGAACUUGGACCAAAAAAAAAUGGUAAACAGUCUAAAUGGAAUACUGCAAAUAUGGAAAUUCCAAAUCAUAUUAGAUCAUUCGAGGUUACAGAUUUACAACCAGAUCAUAUAUAUCUAUUUAGAAUUGCUGCAGUCUAUUCUAAUAAUGAUAAUAAACCUAGUAAAAAUUCCGAGCGAUUUCAUCUUACUCGUAUGGCAGGUUUUGAAACAAACAAAAUGCCCAUUCCAUUAUUAACAAAUACUGAAGCACUUGGUCCAGAUCGUGUACUUCUUAUUUGGCAAAAUCCUGACAAAACGGUUGAUAUCGAUGGAUUUUAUGUUUAUCAUCGUGCUUCAACAUCAGCUGGAGACUACAUUAAAACAACAGUUGAAGGAAAAAAUUCUACUAAUAUUACGAUUUCUCAUUUACAAUCAGACACAAUGUAUGAAUUUAAAAUUCAAAGUUUUUCUGUGGAUGCUGCUUCGGAAUUUUCAAAAAUUAUUCGUCAAAAAACAUUAAAAGCUAUUACAGAACCACCUCCGAUUCAACAAAUUUUGCCGGGUGUAGGAUCACAAAGUACUAGAAACAGUCAUAAUGGUACUUUAUAUGCAAUAAUUGGUGGCACAUUAGGAGGUAUUACUCUUUUGGGCGCAUUAAGUGCAAUUGUAGUUAUUUACAAGAAAAGCAGAAUAAAACAAAAUCGUGAGUCUUCACAAAAUGAAGGUAAAUCUAUAGCGAAUGGUAUAGUUAUGAAUGGCAGUGUAACAGAUUCUAAGAUUAACAUCACAUCGAAUCCUCUUGCUGUUCUUGACAACUCGGAUAAUACAAUUCAACCUAAGAACGGACAACAACCGUCAAUGGAAAUGACAUCAUUUACAAAUGGCCAGGUCAACAACAACAACACGAACAAUGGAAAUGAUGGUUCCCUUGCCAGUACUGCCAGAUUCAACGGAUCCAAAGCCGAUACCACACAAGAGAUUCUAUAAUUGAUGGAUUAAAUAUUUUUUCGAAUUCAACUAGAUUUCAUAUAUUUAUAUUUGUAUAAUAUAUAUAUGUAU